CCAUCUUUCCAGCUAUGAAAUUCUUCUUUAAAUAAAUGCCUUGUCUUCUUCAGGUGAGCGCUCUGCGCUUUGGUAAGGAGGUUGAUGGGAAGUGCCACAGUCUGACAGCAUCGUACAUUCGCGCACAACGCCACAGUGACCCCAGCGUGCCUGUAUGUCGCUUCUAUGAGGAGUUUGAUUCAGUUGGUAGACAGGUGCCUCUUCCUGCUGGCAUCUACAACCUUGACGACCUGAAGGACUAUGGCAGGAGAAAAGGCUGGUGUCCCUACUAUCUGGCGCGCUACUCAAUCCUGCAUGCUAACAUUGUGGUGUACAGUUACCACUACCUGCUGGAUCCUAAGAUAGCUGACUUGGUGUCCAAAGAGCUGGCCAAGAAGUCUGUAGUGGUGUUUGACGAAGCUCAUAAUAUAGACAAUGUGUGCAUUGACUCCAUGAGCGUGAACAUCACCAGACGAACACUUGACCGCUGCCAGACCAAUGUGGACACUCUUCAGAACACCAUACACAAGAUAAAGGAGACAGAUGCUGCCAAACUGAAGCAGGAGUACAGGCGACUGGUGGAGGGGCUGAAGGAAGCCAAUGUUGCCAGGGAAACAGAUGUCUACCUCGCAAAUCCUGUGUUACCAGAUGAAAUUCUUCAAGAGGCAGUCCCUGGUACUAUUCGCACAGCAGAGCACUUUGUUGGUUUCUUGAAACGUUUCUUGGAGUAUCUGAAGUCCCGUCUGAGGGUCCAACAUGUCGUACAGGAGAGUGCCCCGCAGUUCCUCAAAGACAUCUUCGACAAAGUCUGCAUCGACCGCAAGCCUCUCAGGUUUUGUGCAGAGCGGUUACAGUCGUUGCUACGAACUCUGGAGAUUGCUGACAUUGCUGACUUCUCAGCUGUUACUCUUAUCUCUAACUUUGCUACCCUGGUCAGCACCUACAGCCAAGGUUUCACUAUAAUCAUUGAGCCCUUCGAAGACAGAACACCAACCAUCGCCAACCCUGUGCUGCACUUCAGCUGUAUGGACCCUUCAAUUGCCAUCAAACCUGUUUUCCAAAGAUUUCAGUCAGUCGUCAUCACCUCAGGGACUCUCUCUCCACUGGACAUCUAUCCCCGAAUCCUCGACUUCCGCCCAGUUACCAUGGCAUCCUUCACCAUGACCCUGGCACGGACCUGCCUCUGUCCUCUGAUUGUUGGCAGGGGAAAUGAUCAGGUGGCCCUGAGCUCAAAGUUUGAGACCAGAGAAGAUUUUGCUGUGAUUCGUAACUAUGGCAACCUACUUCUAGAGAUGUCUGCAAUCGUUCCCGAUGGCAUCGUGGCAUUUUUCACCAGCUACGUGUACAUGGAGAAUAUAGUGGCGUCUUGGUAUGAACAGGGUAUCCUAGAGAAUAUCCAAAGAAACAAGCUGAUCUUCAUUGAGACUCCAGAUGCUGCAGAGACCAGCAUGGCCCUGGAGAAAUACCAGGAGGCAUGUGAGAAUGGCAGAGGAGCCAUCCUCCUGUCUGUGGCCAGGGGAAAGGUGUCCGAGGGAAUAGAUUUUGUGCACCACUUUGGCCGGGCAGUCAUCAUGUUUGGAGUACCUUAUGUUUACACACAGAGCCGCAUCCUAAAGGCUCGUCUGGAGUACCUGCGGGAUCAAUUUCAGAUCAGAGAGAAUGACUUCCUGACAUUUGAUGCCAUGCGUCAUGCGGCCCAGUGUGUGGGCAGAGCCAUCAGAGGCAAGACUGACUACGGACUUAUGAUCUUUGCUGACAAGCGUUACGCCCGUGCAGACAAACGUGGCAAGCUUCCUCGCUGGAUCCAGGAGCACAUCAAUGACGGCAGUCUGAACCUUACUGUGGAUGAGGCUGUCCAGCUUUCCAAGCACUUCCUGCGUCAAAUGGCUCAGCCUUUUAGACAGGAGGACCAGUUGGGUCUGUCUCUAUUGACUCUUGAACAGCUGGAGUCGGAGGAGAUGCUGCAGAAAAUCGCUCAGAUUGCUCAUCAGACCUGAAGGCAAUGUCCAUGAUGGGGUCAGCAGCCGUUACAGUGACAUCAUUACAACUGGACAAAAGGAGUUCGAUUUAUCCUAGUUGUUGUGCAAGAUGUUUGGGUUUUACCACAUUUUGUACACUCAGUGACUAUGUUGACAUGCACAGAAUAUUUCAUUUUUGCCCUUAAUCUAAAAAAGACAAUUUUCCUAUAAAGCUGUUUACAUAGCUAAUGAAAAGUAGUACUCCACUAAUAUUCCCAUUUUCAGCAGUGCAUGCUCUAAUAAAUGUGCCCUAACAUGACGUUUAUCAUAUGAAAAUAUGGAAUAGUGGGACGACUAGAGCCACUUGUGCCAUUUGCUUCUUUGUGAUGGCGGACUAGUUCAACCAUGCAAACACAGCCUCCCUCUUUCAUUCCUUCAACCACCCUCUUGAAAAGGUUGGUGUUAUAAUAUUUGCGCAUAUCCAAAAACUUGUUGAUAUCCAAGUCUUUCAUAAUGUUUGACAGAAGGUGUGUUUCUCCUUCUGACAUGAAUUAUGGGCUUUUCUUUUGGGUAUGCAUCUCUACCCCACAGCCUUGCAAACUGUUGACGAGUUGAUUUGCAUACAGUGUAUCCAUGACAGCAUACAAAGCUGACCGUAAACAGACACAAGGCCAUGUGCCCCAAACUGUGGUAAAAUCCCCAAUUGAGAUGCAUGCAUGUCCAAAGAAUGCUCCUAAAACCCAGCUAAUACCGGCAUAUCCCACAUGUCUCAAUCUGAAAAUGGUACAUUUUGAAUAUCUACACAAAAUGUGCUGUUAACAUGCCCUGUAUUAAAUUCAGAAUAUUGUCAGGUUCAGAAUUAUUGUGGAAUAUUAGUGUUCAUGUAAACAUAUUCAGUGUAUGCAGUCAGUGUUACAGAUCACUCACAGAUGCACUGUGAGAUGAUAUAACAGAAAUAACAACCGUAAUAAAGAAAAUCUUUACUUUACAUUAAAUUCCAUAAAUGGAUGUGCUAUUUUAGAGCAUUUCACAGUACUGUAGAGGACAAAAACACAUUUAUUACUUUUCAAACCAUAAGUGAUAAACACUGUUUUAAAAGCAUGCUGUUGUUUCAAACAAGAGGAGCAGAUGUGUGAAAAUAAGUUCAUCAAUGGGUCAACGUGUUGCUUUAACUACAGGAACGUUAUUCCAUCAGUGGGUGUUACAUUGAUCUAUAUAGUGUCUGUCAUACAGACAAGACUACUGUUAGUUUCCUGUGCUACUGUAAAUGUACAUAGUCACAUUUUAUACUGGACAUGAAUAUUUGUGUACCUGUUUUUCAACCAAGAAGUUGGAAUAUAAA